UGACAUGCUGCCGGGUGCCAGAGCCUUAGCCAAUGAGCGCACUCAGUGUUUUCAUAUGCAAAUGUUUGAAGUGAAGAGAAGGUCAUCAUAGCCUCAUGCAGCUAGCAGAAAAUCAUAUGAAGAAAAGGGAGAGAAUGUAGAACGGUGCUGCUGCACACUGAACAGAGAUGACACAAAUGCAUUGCCAGAAAGGAGGCUUCCAGAAAGAAAAGACAAUGCACCAUUCAGCAAUGCAGGAGAGUGCAGUCAACGAGAGGCACCUUUAGAUGGAGGUAUAAGAUUUCUCUUCUUUUUUAAUAAUGAAUUCUUGGAUACGAUGUAUGUUCCCUAUUCCUAUAUUAAGUGUAACCCUUCUGUUGUUAUAUUAUAACAACAGCCUCAUGAAGUGGAAAGUUUUCCACAGGUUUAAUGCGACCGAGGAAAGAAUCCUUUUACUCGAAGCCUGCGAUGCCUUUUCAAAUGGACAGAAAUCUCUAUUCGAACCCACAGCGACUAACUCCUAUGAAAGGUAUGACUGUCGAGAUUAUAUAAGGCACCAUCACUACAUCACGGCUCCCCUCUCAGAGGAAGAGGCUGGUUUUCCUCUAGCUUACAUGAUGGCAGUGCACAAGGAAUUCGAUACCUUCGAGAGGCUGUUUAGGGCUAUCUACGUGCCCCAAAAUAUAUACUGCAUCCAUGUGGAUGAGAAGGCGAGCGCGGAUUUCUUGCAGGCAGUAGAUGAUUUGGUAAAUUGCUUUCCUAAUGCUUUUCUUGCCUCAAAAAUGGAGCCUGUGGUUUAUGCUGGAAUAUCGAGACUGCAGGCUGAUCUGCACUGCAUAAAAGACCUGCUGAAAUCAGAGGUGCGGUGGAAGUAUGUGAUCAAUACCUGUGGACAGGAUUUCCCUUUGAAGACCAACAAGGAGAUUGUACAACAUUUAAAAAAAUUUUAUGGGAAAAAUAUCACUCCUGGGGUCCUGCCUCCAGAUCAUGCCAUCCCCCGCACCAAAUAUGUUCAUCGCGAGGAUAUAGUACAUUCAUAUGUGUUGAGGACCAACGUUUUAAAGCCUCCCCCUCCUCACAAUAUCACCAUAUACUUUGGGUCGGCAUACGUUGCCCUGACAAGGGAAUUUACCAAAUUCAUUCUAGAAGAUCAGAGAGCCUUGGAUCUACUGAAAUGGUCUAAGGACACUUUCAGUCCAGAUGAACAUUACUGGGUGACACUGAAUAGAAUACCAGAUGUACCGGGAUCGAUGCCAGAUGCACAAUGGGAAGGUGAUCUCAGAGCAAUUAAGUGGAAUGACAUGACUAACCACGGAGGCUGCCAUGGACAUUUUAUACGAGAUAUCUGCAUCUAUGGAACUGGGGACCUGCAAUGGUUAAUGAAUUCUAACAGCAUUUUUGCCAACAAGUUUGAACUGAAAUCUUACCCACCGACAUUGGAAUGCCUAGAACUGAAGAUUAGAGAGCGGGCUCUAAAUCAGAGUGAGGUCACCAGGCUGCCUGACUGGUACUUGUAAGCAGAACACUGUGCCUCCAAAAAACAGCAUGAAGAAUUGAUAGAUGUGCUCUACCAUGGAAAAGCAGCGAAAAGUAAACUUUUUCCUAAGAAUUGUCCUUAAAAGGCAAUUUGAGGCCAAGAAGCAGAUAUCAUGAAGCAACGUCUUCUUCUCCAGAAAUGAGUAAAACGUUAAUUAGCCAAAGCGCAUAUAUCAUUUUUUUUUUUCUGUAAAAAGUUAUUAGUAUGCGUUGCUGCUAUUCCCUGGAAACGAAUGACAUCAUAGUCACAUACUGAUGGUGAUGCACGGUAGACAAAGGACAAAAUGAAGCCAACGUAGGGUUAAUAAAAUCUCCAACUUCAGAGUACAACAAAAGCUGUGAACCACUAAUCCAUCUCUUCCACCAAUAAGGAAGAUCUCCGACAACACUGCUGGUUGGUAGUUGUCAGCAACAUGUUUU